GUCGAUGAGUUCCGAUUGUUAUUAACUAGCAAUCUUCUAUACUGAUUUUCUACCUUUACUUUUUUUCUCACCUUUUCGAUAUACUCUCAUUCAUAACUAUUUAACUAUUUCUCUAUUGCAACAGUGUGCUCUGACAACAAUUAAAGCAGCGACCAAAUCACGACUGUAUGAUCCUCAACGCGCAUCUUUUCUCCGGUCUCACCAUUCUUCCUUCUUUCUCUUCCGAUUACCCUGUCGAACUGUCUUACGCACCUUCAAAUUCGUGGUCAACUCCCAACUCGACACCAUCACCAUCAUUAUCAAAAUCGAGUUCGCCAAAGCCAACCGUGUCACAAGCUAAAGAACGAAGAGUUUUCGAUCUACCAUGUGCAGUUUGCUUAUAUCCAGCCACUGGCUAUCAUUAUAACGUAGCAUCUUGCAACGGAUGCAAAACGUUUUUCAGACGGUGUGUUCUCUCGGGCUCUAGUUACCGAUGUAUUCGCGGCGAUUCAAAUUGCCUGUUAAACAUGCGUCUCGUGGCGGGAGCACGAAUCAAGUGUCGCAGUUGCAGACUAGAUCGUUGUCUUCAACAAGGAAUGCGAAAAGAAGCAGUCACGUCAGGAAUAGUUGGAAACGAAGAAAAAGUCGCGCCACAAACUGCUUAUCUUGCCUCGAUCUCGCUACCGAGUACAUCUACCGCGAUUCCGAAAGUUACCGAAACGGCUUCUUGCUUGCGACAAACCCUACGACUCAUCACUAAAUUCAGAAAAUGUAAUAUAAUCGUGGAGAAGAUAGAUCUACACAUCAGUGCACUCCUGACUAUGCCCAGUUUCUUGGACAACCUAAAUAAUUAUCAGGAAGAAACCGACUUCAAAAGAGAUCUUCCUGAAUGGUGUACGAUUGAUUUACUAUGUGCUAUCGAAUUUGCUAAAAAAUUACCUGAUUUAUCCAAAUUUUCGGAUUCUGAUAAGGAAGAGCUUAUUCGGAAUUCAUGCUUUACAAUAGCAAUAGCUAUCGAAGCAAUUGAAAGCUACUUUGACAAAAAGAAAACAGUUGUUAUGCCCGACGGUACUGAUGUCAUGCAAUCUCUAGCUAAUUCGGGUUCUGUGAUACACGCCGUAUUUACUCAAAUGUUUGUCUGCAUUUUGGAUCCAUUACAUCGAGAAUCAUUCACAAUCGAUGAGCUGGUCUUGACACUACAAUUGCUCUUUUUCACAAUUGCAGCGCCGGAAAAUUUAACACCGGAAGGCAAAGAACAAUUGGAAAAAUCUGUGAAAUCUAGCAUGCAUUGCUUAAUGGUUUUGCUCAUUACACAAAAUACAACUAACUUUUCGGCACGUUACGGAUCCUUGAUUGCACUAAACGAAACGUUCAUCAAAACAGCCCACGCACAUAAGCAAAAAAUGAAGGAAGCUGAACACUCUCGACAGAAAUUUCGCGACUUUCUCAUUGAACAAUGUGUUUUCGAUUAUCGUCCAGCAAAAUAAACAUGCCGUAUUAGUAAUUUAAGUAGUACAAUUGUCCUAUGUUCUCAUGAAAUCUCAGAAAUUUAUUUGUAUAUUAUUCUAUUUGUGAAAAAGUGUUGUGUCAUAUAAAUAUUUAUGUGAAAAAA